AUGGCGACAGAGAAAACCCCAACGGCCACGGAACCGGCGAGGGAGAACCUGUUCAAAACUACACCGUUGGGUGCAGGAGCUUCUGUGGGGGAUCCCGAGACCGAAGAAGGGGGAGAGGGGGCCGGAGAUUCAGGAGAAGACGAUGGGGGAGAAAGUGGAGAGUCUGCGACCGGAGGUGUAGAAGGAGCAGCCGAGGGUGGAGUGCCCGAAGGAGAAGGUGAGGUACUCAAAGGAGAAGGUGAAGCAGCGGGUGGAGUGCUCAAAGGAGAAGGAGCGGCGGCGGGUGGAGUGCUCAAAGGAGAAGGGGCAGAGGCAGGGGAUUGUGCCCUUGUUGAGGCCACCAAGAGGGCAGCCAUUAGCACCAAAACGACGGCGUUGGAUUGGGCCAUUGUAGAAGAGCGAAUGAAGACAGAGAAAGUGAUGGGGUUUAAGAGGCAGGCAGAUCAAGAUUAA